GUCGGGGAUUCGUCCGGCGGCGGAAUCACCAGCGGCCAACGCGCAGGCGAGCUUGGUUUGGCAAGAGCAACCAGGAGAAGUUUGAGAGCUACGUAGAGCAGUGCUCCUCGUACACGGCGCGCGAUCUGGCCUGCUUGAAGCCCCGUUGGCGGACGCUUCUAACUGGGAUCCAAGCCGGUCUUCAGAUGCCCGCCUUGGUGGAGGCGGUGAAAAUCCUCUACGAUGACAUACUCCCACUUCGCUUGGGUGCGGACUUGGUGUCGCGGCAGCUGAACCGAGCCGUGACGGAGGCCCGCGAUCGAAUUCGAAGCGAUAUUCCUGAUGGCGACGUGGUCGCCCAUCGGCAGCUCUUCGAUUCGAUGGACUUCGACAAGACCGGCACGCUGAAGAAAUGGGAAGUAGAGAAGAUCACCUCUCACGUGGGACUGCUGAGUGAGACAGGCCAGGAGGCCCACGACUCCAUCACCGAUAGACUCAUCCAGUUGCUGACCGACUUGGGCCAUGAAGGGACCAAGCAAAUCGCGCCUUCCAGAGGCCCCAUCUGGUGUGGCAUGCAAAAGGGGAGCAGGAUGCAAGCCAUUGUGGAGCAGGCUGCCUUCUGCUUGCGCCGAGGGCGGACCGCCAUCCGAAAGGAGUUUCCGGACUUCUUGGAAGGGGCGAGCCGCCUCCUCUGCAUCGACUCCGAUUCAGAGCCCUUGAGCGCAGAUCAGACUCGCCGCAUCGUGACCGACCUCCUACCUGAGGACGACGGCGAGCUGCACCUUCAGACGUCGCAAUACGACAAGCGCUUUGACGAAAUCGUGAAGUUCAUCCUCGAUUGGGAGGCCGUUCUCUUUGAGAAUAGCCUUGAGCUUCUUGCGCUCAGUCACGGUCUCUUCGUGCUUUUCUGCAUCCCACUGGGCGCGAGCCACUACGCCUUCGAGGUCGUCGAUCGUCUGGGCCAUCACGAGCAUCUUACGUUUGAGACUUGA